CGCCACCGCGUCACUUUGCGGGCGGAGAUUGGCCUGUGCUCAUCUCUCUGACUCUCCCCCUUGUCUCGUUCAGUCAACGCUCGGGCUUCAUGGUUCUGAUCUCGGCGCACGCACAGCCAGCCAUGCAAGCAUCACGAGCCUCUCCUAUCAGUGUGUUUGCGGACUGCUGCAUCCCGGCCGGACUCCGCAUAGGACCGGUGCCGGGCAUUUUCAAACUCGGGAAGUACUUGUCGGACCGUAAGGAAGUUGGACCCAAGAAAAAGAUCCGCAUCAUACGUGGGGAGUUCGUGGAAGAGUCGGGCUGCACCGGACCAGAGUGGAUCGGGUUCAUACGCGCUGCGAGGAACAGCCAGGAGCAGAACCUGGAAGCGGUCUCGGAUUUACCUGGCGGACAGAUUUUCUACCGUGUGCUGAGAGAAAUACCAGCCGGUGAAGAGCUGAGUGUGUGGUACUCGAACCCGCUGGCCCAGUGUUACGACAUCCCGACCACAGCCACUCCCACUCACGACGAAAAAGGUGAGGAGCGUUAUAUCUGCUGGUACUGCUGGAGAAUAUUCAAGUACCCCAACACGCUCAAGGCCCACGUGCACUUCCACUGCGCCCUGAGCAACGGACGCGGCUUCACGGACCAGGCCCGGGGCAGGUCCCCAAAAUCCGGAGACAUACCCAACACCUCCACCUCACCCAGGGUCGUCCACAACAACACGUCCAUCUCAGAGUCGGGACGGAGAUUCGUGUCUUCCUCCCCGUUCCCAAACAAAGUGGGCUUGUCCAAGAAGAGCCCCGAGGAACAGGACCGGGCUCUGGAUAUGAGCGUCACGUCGGCCAGGAACCACGGACACUUCCUCGGCUUCGGCGCCACUACGUCGGUGCUGAGCAGCAUGGGCUUCCACCCGGGCGUGCGCUCUGCGUUCAAACCCAUGGGCGUCUCCAAGGCCCCGGGCGCCGACCCCUCACGGGAGGAGUCAUCCAGCGGGAAACUCAACGGACUGGGGUUCAGCAAACAAGUGGGCCACGUGAAGUCAGUGCGCAACGUCAGCGAAUCUUUAAACAGCAGUAGCCAUCCCUCCAAGUGCGUGCCGGCCAUCGAAUCCAUAUCCCCGAUGGUGCCGUGUGCCAACCCCAUGCGGGGGUUCCCGCUAUUGCACCACAUAGACGACACCUCUGCGUUCAAGCACGUUGACGGUCGGAUGCAUACGGGCCUGUCUCCCUCCCGCUACCCACAAAUGGCACCGGGGCUCCAUUUCGAGAGGUUCUCAUUGCCCCAGUUCGACGGGGUCAAGCCGUACAACGCAGACUGCAACAUCCCUCUCAUGCCCUUCACGGUGUACAACGGGGAGCUGCUGUACAGCUCGCCUUAUUACCCCUUAAAGUUCCACUUCAGCAACCUCCUGAAGUACCCCGAGUCCAUGCCCUACUUCAGCGCGCCGUCUCUCAACCAGGACAUCGGUCAGAUCACCAACAUCGACCGAGAGAUCGCGAUGCACACACAGCAGCUGUCCGAAAUCGGCGUGGAGAAGAACAGGACGAGGAUCGAGUCGGGGACCGCGGGCCACUUGCAGGGCUCAACCGGCAAGCCCAAGAAGGGCCACCUGUGCCUGUACUGCGGGAAGCUGUACUCUCGGAAAUACGGACUGAAGAUACACAUGAGGACACACACGGGCUACAAGCCCCUCAAGUGCAAGGUGUGCUUCAGGCCGUUCGGGGACCCGAGCAACCUGAAUAAACACAUCCGCCUGCACGCAGAGGGGAACACGCCGUACAGGUGCGAGUUCUGCGGCAAGGUGCUGGUGCGCCGGCGGGACCUGGAGCGCCACGUCAAGUCCCGGCACCCAGGGCAGACGCUGAAGAAGAACGAGGACAAGGUGGACGACAUGUUCGAGGAGGACGCCGAGCAGAAGAGCGACAACGACAGCGACGUGGACGUGUGCUUCACGGACGACCAGAGCGACCAGGAGUCCGGAAAACACAACGAUGAGUUAUGAGCGUGGCGUCCCCUCGCAACGUCCGACUCUUCCGUGUAGGCCCAUUUGGGAGAAUUAAAGAAAAAAGCGAUUACCAUUAAUCCCCCCCUUUUUGUAAUUUAUGUCGUCAACCCCCGUGAUUAAAUAUUUAUGAUUGAAAACCCUUGAGAUGUAACAUGUGGUUUGCAUCUGCAUUCCAUGAGACGAGAUGUGGUCCAAGCCCAUGAUAGGGUCUGAUUAGGGUCCUAGGGUCUGGGUAGUAGGCCUGCUAGGAACACGUGGACAUGCAUUGUUAAUAUAGGCUAUCUUAACGUUCACGGACCUGCAGAAGUAUUCAUCAGACUGCGACAGUUGCACUUUAAUCCUUAGUCAGGUCUUACAGUAGUGUAGGCCUCUUUACACCAAUAGGAGAGAGGGCCUCCUUCGGGAAUUUAUCUCGAAAACUGAUCUGCUCCCUGUAUUUGGACUGCACAGCAUCGUACUUAAAUUUGCACUUUCUUUGCGAGAAGCAGUCAGCAUUCCUGUCUCAUAAGUGAACGGACUGCGUGUAUAGGGAGAAAGCGUGGGGCGCCUGCCCCAGAAGCCUAUGUGUAAAGUGUACAGUAUGAUAUUUACAGUUCUGUGAGAGUGCUGUAUACGUUUGUUUAUAAGUGAUUUUCAUCCUGUUUACUAAAUUGUUCGUUUUUGAAUAAAAAACUGUUUUAAAAUACGUU